UCCGCGUCUUGUCCCCCUCGAUAUCACUAGAACGAAACCCAGAAUACUGUCGGCGGCGCCUCGCGCGUCUCUCUGCUGCCCGGGAUUCCUGCCGACGAAGAUGUAUCUGCAGUUCUACAUAAACGAGAAUGGGGACAAGGUGUACACCACCAAGAAAGAGUCGCCGGUAGGGAUGGCAACCCAAUCCGCUCAUCCAGCUCGCUUCUCCCCAGAUGACAAGUAUUCCAGGCAACGGGUGCUUCUGAAGAAACGGUUUGGGUUGCUUCCAACCCAGAUGCCAUCCCCAAAAUACUAGGUUCUUUGCCCCCCAGCUCAUAGCUGUUGACUGCAGCAGAUAUGAUGAAGUUGAUCUAUUAACAUUACGAAAAUUCUAAGCUUUCUGUGUGACUAAGUUGACUAUGGCCUGUCUUGUGCAACCAUUACGUUCAAAACUUGCUGCAUAUUGAGUAUCUGAUGCAUAUUGAGUAAUGUACUUGUAGGGAAUGUAUUGACCACUUCUUUGUCAA